AUGUACAAACCGAAAUGGCUCGCAUCGGUUGGAUUUGAAAUCCAUUUGCAGCUUGCGACCAGAAAAAAACUCUUCAGCGGUGCAAAAAUAGGUGUUUUCGAAGCACCAAACACAUCUGUUGCUCCUUUUGACGUCUCGCUUCCUGGAUCUAUGCCGAUUCUAAAUCGGGAAGCUCUAAAUCUUGCUGUUCGAGGUGUCUUGGCACUGAAUUGCAAGGUUGCACCAGUUUGCCAAUUUGACAGAAAGCAUUACUUUUACCCAGACUUACCGGCUGGCUAUCAGAUUACUCAACAAGAUGUUCCAUUGGGAAAGGACGGAUUUGUAAAGCUUUCGAAGCAUUUGGACGAUGUUGAUGAUACCCUGGUACCAAUUCAACACGUACAACUGGAGCAAGAUACCGCAAAAUCUAUCCAUGCAGAUAGUGUUUCCAAAAUAUUGUUAGAUUUCAAUCGUGCAGGGUCACCAUUACUUGAAGUGGUUACGGCCCCUUGCUUACAUGAUGAGGUUACUGCCAGUUCAUUUUUACGGAAAAUUCAAUCAAUUAUGCGCCAUGCUCGUGUUUCUGAUGCCAAAAUGGAAACGGGCGGAAUGCGAUGCGAUGUAAAUGUCUCUAUUGCACCAAUUAUUCCAUCUUCCAGCGAGUCUUCAAAGGCAUCAAAAGUUGGACUAGAGCUUCCCAGAACAGAGUUAAAGAAUUUGUCAUCUGUUCGAAAUGUCGUGAAUGCAAUACGUUAUGAAGUACAGCGUCAGAUUUCCCUCGCAGAAAAGAAUGAAACCUGGACUACAGAAACAAGGGGUUUUGAUGAUAAAAAUGGAAAAACGUUCGCAUUACGCGACAAAAGUAUUUCAGAGGACUAUCUGUACAUGCCAGAAACAGAUAUUCCUCCUGUUACGAUAUCCAAGAAAUAUGUGAACGAAAUAAGCGAUGCAACGGGGCCUCUUCCUGAUGAUCUUUUUGUUAUGCUCACAUCUGAACCUUACUCUAUGCCCAUACGAGAUGCACGUAUUCUGUUAAACUUACCUUAUGGAUAUGAUUACUAUAGUACCGUUAGAGAUAUUAUCAGCCGUCAAGAUGGGCAAUCUAAAAAAGUCAUCGACGAGUCCUUACGUGCUUUACCAACAUGGAUUAUUACUGAUCUCGUAGGAAAGCUUCAUGAACACGAAAUAGAAGAAGACCUUUUCUACGUCCCUCCUAGUCAGUUUGCCGAUAUUGUUUGUUUCUGCUCUGCCAGAAAAGUUUCUCGUCUGACCGCAAAAGCACUCAUCAACCAUUUGGUCGUGACGCCUUCUGAUCAAUCUAUUGCUAACCUUAUUAAAGAGCUUAAGCUAAAUUUUAUUCAAGAUUCCAACACUUUAGAUGUACAGGUCGGGAAAAUUUUGGAAGCAUCUCCCAAGCAAGUUCAGGAAUUUUUGACUGGAAAACAAUCUCUGCUUAAAUAUUUUAUUGGGCAAGUAAUGCGACAAUUACGAGGCCGUGGUGAUCCUGUUGAAAUAGAAAAGUUGCUCAAACAGCGUCUGAGUGAAACUUUGAAAAAGUAA